GAUACAUUUUUUUACGUGAAAAUAUGAUUAAAGCGGUCAUCAUAGUUGAGUCCCAGACAAGGAACACAAUCGUGAUCUAUUUGGUCAAAACAAACUUAAAGGUAGAGUCAGCAAUAUGACGUAGAUGCACAAAGUAAACACCAUAAUGCAGGGGUUCUUAAACUUUUUCAGCCUGGGACCCAAAUUACAAAUGUUGUGUUUUCCUGGGACCCAAGCUUAGGAAAAUAUGCAACUAUACGUAAAUAUCGGUACAUUUCAUUGACCUUAUGUCUAAAACGGAUGCAAUAUAGACAAAAACUAAAAACAAUGAAAUUAAAUAAAUAUAUAUUCAUGUUCAUUUUCCCCCAUUAAAAACACUCUUACAUAUCUGUGUAGGAUGUAACUGUUGCUGCUAAAAUACAAUAAAUCAUUUUCAUCCUUAACUGGAAUAAAGUGAUUGAUCACAUCACACAGGUGUAGACUAGAAAACACAGUCCUAAUGAGAGGUGUGUGGCUGGUUUAAGUUUUCAACGAGCAGGUCUAUUCUGGGCUCCGUGUUUAACAAUGCAACACUGAGGUCAUACUCAACCUUGUUUCUGUACUUGUUUUAAGUAUGUCAGAGUUGAGAACCCUGACUCACAUGGGUAUGUGGAACCAAACUGGAUCAGAACAUCUACUGCUUUCUCAGUCAGACAGGAGACCGCUUCCUGCUGUAGAUGAGUGUUUGCCUUUCUCAGUCAGACAGGAGACCGCUUCCUGCUGUAGAUGAGUGUUUGCCUUUCUCAGUCAGACAGGAGAUCGCUUCCUGCUGUAGAUGAGUGUUUACCUUUCUCAGUCAGACAGGAGACCGCUUCCUGCUGUAGAUGAGUGUUUACCUUUCUCAGUCAGACAGGAGACCGCUUCCUGCUGUAGAUGAGUGUUUACCUUUCUCAGUCAGACAGGAGACCGCUUCCUGCUGUAGAUGAGUGUUUGCCUUUCUCAGUCAGACAGGAGACCGCUUCCUGCUGUAGAUGAGUGUUUGCCUUUCUCAGUCAGACAGGAGACCGCUUCCUGCUGUAGAUGAGUGUUUACCUCAAAUCAACUUGCUUCAAUCAGUUUAUUCCAGUUCAGAAUACUAAUGUAUUACUUGUAUUUAAACAGCAACAGUUCCAACCUAGACUAGGUUUCAACAAUAAUAUCUACAGGUAGAUGUACAGUAGGCCUGAUCAUUUUUUAUAUUCAUCUGUACUGUUACUAAGGGUUGCACCAUCAGUAACUAGCUAGCUUGCUUUGGCUAAUUUGAGCUAAUAGCUGUGUACAACUCACUUCUACUACAAUGAGAGUUAGUACUCCCUUAUUUCUGCUUAUCACCGCCUGUUAUAAAAUGACAACAAUGCCUUGCUAGCUGACUUGAAGCAUCCUGAAGCAUUCUGCCUUGUUCUGAAAGACCUCCCUGGGUUUACCAUCAUGUUGUGGAUGUUUGGUCAGGACGUGGCGUUUUUAUUCAUUUCUUCGUUUUGAGAGACUCAUUACUACCGUUAAACACGUCCCCGCACAAAACACACAGUGGGCGCUCCUCGUUAUUUCUCCGUUUGUAUGAAAGAGAGAGCAACUCAUCCCUGUAUUUGCGUUUUAUGACAAUUGAGCUCAUUCAGAACUUGUGGCUAGCAUGAGUCCAUUUGAUGAUUCUCUGUCCCGUCUCCAAUUUCAGAGAUGCAGGUGCUUGGCCCCGUAUGGAGAACCCCUACCAACCCUAAUCCCUCCUUAAGCCAUGACGACUUUUCCGUGAACCUUCUCCUAAUCUCCCAGCCACUCCAUCCUAUCUGCCGUUGCACCAAGGACACUGUCCUCUUACUGGACAGCCUGGAGAUGUUUCCAUACCAUCUAUUACCUGCCUUUGUCACCCCUCUCCAUGCAGACAGCCUCCAUCUGGACAUACCUGGCCGGGAUCAACUUCUUUCUCAAGUUGCUUACUGGGUCUUCGUGUUCCUGUCACCCGCAAGUCUCCCAUCUCAAGGGCCUCAAGUGAGAACUUGACUGUCUCACCUGUGAACUAAUAUGUUCAUACUUUAUCAAUUAAUCGACUAAAGAUCGAAUCUCUUGGAAGAUAAGUAGUUACAUGUACAGUGAGGGGGGGGAAGGUAUUUGAUCCCCUGCUGAUUUUGUGCGUUUGCCCACAGACAAGGAGGUGAUCGGUCUGUGGUUUUAAUGGUGGGUUUGUUUGAGCGGUGAGAGACAGAAUAACAACAACAAAAAAAUCCUGAAAAGCGCAUGUCAGGGGUGUUGUAGGUUGAUUUGCAUUUUGAUGAGGGAAAUAAGUAUUUGACCCCCUCUCAAUCAGAAAGAUUUCUGCCUCCCAGGUGUCUUUUUGUGCGGGUGGCGAGCUGAGAUUAGGAGCACACUCUUAAAGGGAGUGCUCCUGGUCUCAGCUUGUUGCCUGUAUAGAAGACACCUGUCCACAGAAGCAAUCAAUCAGAUUCCAAACUCUCCACCAAGACCAAAGAACUCCAAGGAUGUCAGGGACAAGAUUGUAGACCUACACAAGGCUGGAAUGGGCUACAAGACCAUUGCCAAGCAGCUUGGUGAGAAGGUGACAACAGUCGGUGCGAUUAUUCGAAGAAACACAAAAGAACUGUCAAACUCCCUCGGCCUGGGGCUCCAUGCAAGAUCUCACCUCGUGGAGUUGCAAUGAUCAUGGUGAGGUGAGGAAUCCGCCCAGAACUAUGGUCCCGUUGGUAGAGCAUGGUGUUUGCAACGCCAGGGUUGUGGGUUCGUUUCCCACGGGGGACCAGUACGGAGAAAAAAAUGUAUGAAAUGUAUGCAUUCACUACUGUAAGUCGCUCUGGAUAAGAGCGUCUGCUAAAUGACAAAAAAUGUAAAAAUGUAAAUGAUAGCGGUGAGUGAUGUUGAGUGGGAAUGACAAGUCAGUGGCUGACAGGGCAUCAUCUGCUGCUGAACGAUGUGUCGCUGCUAAAAGGCCCAAUCAAUUCCAGUAAUUAAUGAAAUAAUUAUACAUUUACUCUGACACGUCGUGACCCACCAUUAACAGGUCCGUAUAGUGGGUCAAUUUCUACAACUAAGAGCGUUGUACCGCAAGGCUAGACCACUGUUUUGUUUCCGUGGCUACCACGUUGAAAGAGAGUGAAGAGAUCCCAUGCACAUGGGCAGAUACUGUGUGUGACUGUGUGAGAGAGAAGUCAGGCAUCUUGCUCAUCACAAUAUCUGUGGUGCUGCUCGUACAUCAUCAUUUAUCUGACUCUACCUUUAAGCUCUCAUCCUAGGAUCUACCAGAAAUCAGGCCCCCAACAUCUACAAAACAUGGACCAGAACGAUGUUGUUUCCUGCUUCCACAAACAUUCAUUAAUAUAACACUAAUGUCAGAUUAUGGUAUGCUAAUGAGUGUACAUUCUGAGACUGUUGAUCACUUAUAUUCAUUUUUAUUACAAUAAGAUUGUCUGUUUUAAAUAACAACUACUUUUGACUUUAGUGAUUCCUCAGAGCUGUAAGACUUGUGACCAUGUUGAGGACUCCACACACUGGCUUCAGAUUGAACCCUUGACUUCCACUGUCCAGGGAGUGACAAUGUUCAGACACAGGACACCCAAAGGGAGUUAUGAGUGCACAGUGUCUGGGCUCCGCUGGCUGUGUGAGAGAGAUGUCAUUCUGAAGUAUCACUUCAGGAACUGGGAUCCCUACAGUCAACUUCUGAAAGACAUGCAGUACACACAAGGUGGUCCAUUGCUGGACAUCACUAUGGAGUUAGGUGAACUGGAGGAAGUUCACCUGCCACACUUUGUCUGUUUAGGGACCAACCCUUCCCUGAGGAAUGAGAUGAAGAUUCUUCAUGUAGAGGAACAUGGAGUGUCUUUAGAGGAAGUGCAUGAGGUCACCAGAUUCCAUGCUAAGAUUCUCCAUCCCAAGUUCUCACCUUUCUCUCUGAUACUGAGUUUACUGUCUUGGGACGUAGAUGUCCACUGUGAGCUGAUGCUCUAUCUGACAGUGAAAAGGGAAACAUUAAUUUCUCGCCUAUACCUGUUCCCCUGGAACCCCGGCCAAAUACAGGCUGUGGAACAACAGGAAAAGUCUCAUGGGUCUUCAAGGUUUCUCAUCUCCAGACCAGAGCAGUCCUUCAAACUGAAUAGUUCCUUCAGACUGAACAUUCCCUGUUCUACCUCCAUCAAUCCACCGAGAAUUCAUUUCAUACAAAGAGACACCACACCAAGCUUUUUCAAGGCGAUUGUGAAAAUGACAGGGGUUGACAUUGAGAUGGAGUUAUUCAGUGAUGAUGAGAGGACAGUAUGGAAAGAAAUUGUAUCACGAGAUGAAUACGUCACUGACACCCGUUCAACUAGUGCUGUGUCGGGGGCAGGGCGUCCAGCUGAGAGCAGUCUGACUGGUUCUCCAGAGCAGCAGCUGCGUUCUGUACGGACAGAGUUUGUGAUACGAGUAUCAGGACCUGUCCUGAAUGAACUGCUGGACAGACUCCUGCAACACACAGUCAUCAACCAGGAGGAAAUGGAGUCAGUGAAGGUGAUAGCUGAGAGGACAGAGAAGGCACGUGACAUCAUCGACAUGAUGUUGAGAAAAGGAACUGAGUCAAGUUCCAGGAUGAUCAACCUUCUUGGGGAGCUGGACCCCUGUCUUUACACAGAGCUUCAGAUCAACAGUGUUGGAGUACCAACCUAAUGGUAGAAUGGAUAGUAACAGUGUUGGGGUACCAACCUAAUGGUAGAAUGGACAGUAACACUCCUAUUCAACACCAUGGGGUGUAUUCACUAGGAAACAGACCUGAUCCUAGAUCAGUACUACUACUCAACCAACAUGAAUUUGUCCAAAAUAAACACUUGUUUUUGUUGUUGCAAAACGUUAUGCUACGGUGGGUGACUAAUGAAUUCACCCCUGAUCUGACUGGGCUGUAAUUCUUUGUCAAUAAAUGUUUGUUUCUGGGUA